AUGCGGGGUCCCUUGCUGCCCGUGGGGGACGCGUCGGGAGCGGAGGCCCUCGAGCACACCUUCGUGGUGUUGAGCGCGGUGUCACUGUGCCUCGUGGCACCGCUCGUGCUCACGUUCGUGGUGUUCAAGCGCAAGUUCCCGUCCUACCUCGUCCUUUCCUUCCUCUUGUGCUCCAUGGGGCUCCCUCUCUUCAGCCUAUUCAACGCCUUCUUCGGGGUGGAGCACCUGCUACGGGAAGGAGGCGUGGCCUGCCAGGUGCAAGCCGUCGGCAUCCAGUUCUUCGCGGCCGGCAUCGUGUGGGCCUGGUUCUUCCUAGGCCUCAACCUCUACACCAUCGCCGUCUGGCAGGUGGGCGGUGCCAAGAGGCUGGGUCGGGUGUACCUGGUCCUCACGUGGGGCUUUUCCGGCAUCCAGACCAUAAUCCCGUUUGCGUUCGGGCACACGGGUCCGGCCGGCUUCUGGUGCUGGAUCGACUCUGGCGACAAUCACGCCUGGGAGCUGGGGUUCUUCUACGGGGAGGUCGGGCUGCUGCUGGCGGUGGGGGUGCUCCUCUGGGCGCGGGUGCUCUACGUGAUCAUCUCGUACUCGCUCGAUCCGAUGCGCGCGGGCCUGCACGGCUACCUGCUGCGCCACGCCCUGCUGGUCGCCAUGUUCGUCGGCGUCAUGGUGGUGCUCUUCACCUACCGCCUCUACCAGAUCUUCGACGACCCCCCGUUCUUCUUCCAAGCACUGCACGUGGUGUCGCUGUCGGGGCAGGGCUUCAUCACAUUCAUCUGCUUCGGCAUCUCCAAGGAGAACUACAACCUGUGGAAGAAGGCCGCCCUCGCUGGCGCCCGGCGGCUCCGGCGAUGCUGUCGGCCGACGGCCCGCGACCCGGCCCCCUGGCGCGGGGACGAGGACACCGUGCUCCUCUCGUCGGACCACGACCCCGACGGUGAGCGGUGA